GUUGGCCUUUGGGUCAAGGUCCACCUCUGCAGGGAGCAAUGUUUAGAGUUCCCAUUUCCAAUCUCAUCAUCCCCUCCCUUGUCCUGUGACGUGGCUGCUCCCAGCAGGAAGAGGACAGGCCUAGGAAACCAUCCAGCACUGCCUUCCCAGCUCUUCAUCCCUCGGGAGUUCCCAGCCCUGAGAGCAUGUCCUGGAAGAAGGAGGGCAUGAGCCCACCCCCGUGUUUCAUCCAGCGCCUGGACCACCUUGUGCUGACUGUGAAGAGCAUCGAGGACACUGUGGCCUUUUAUUCCAAAGUCCUGGGCAUGGAGGUGGUGACUUUCAAGGGAAAUCGCAAAGCUUUACAUUUUGGCCAACAGAAGUUCAACCUGCACGAGGCUGGGCAUGAGUUUGAGCCCAAGGCUCGGCGCCCGGUGCCCGGCUCUGCGGAUUUUUGCCUGAUCACAGCAGAGCCCCUGGAGAAGCUGCUGGAACAUCUGGAGGCCUGUGGGGUGCCCAGUGAAGAAGGUCCCGUGGCCAGAACUGGUGCUGUGGGUCCAAUAACCUCCGUCUACUUCCGAGACCCCGACGAGAACCUGGUUGAGGUUUCCAGGUACUGCACGGAUGUGGCUGCAGAAACUGAAGGGGAACCCUGACACACGCUGACACCACAGCCCAUGCCCUGCCUGGGUCCCAGCAGGAGAUGGGGUGUACAGGCCAGGUUUGCCUGGCCCAUUUAAAGGUCUUCUUUAAUUAUGUAAACUUGGGACAAGCCUCAAAUCAUAGCCACAAAGUUGGGCUGCCAGGACAUUGGGAGUUUUCCCAAAGCAGCCUGCUCUGCUCUGGGUGUGAAUCCUGCUUUUAUACAUCUCCAUCACGGAGACUUCAUGGCCUUCUGGAAAUUCCUGUCCUGUCACUCCUCUCCUCUUCAGAGUUACUUUUCCACAGCUGGAAAUUUCUGUCUCACUCUCAUCCUCCUGCUUCUUGUCUCAAGCUGCCUGUUGCUGGUGGCUCUCCCAUCAAGCCAGAGGUUUAAAUCCAGCUGUGACUGUCCAAACACACUCCUUGCCUGGGAUUUGGGAACUCAGCCUCUGUGUGACACUCAAAACCUCCUGAAACUGAAGCUCCAAGUUUCAUUCUCAGCUCUGUAUCAAUAAUUGAGGGGUUUCUGUCACUCAGGAAUGGAAAAAGCAAGGAUGAGGAGCCUACAUGAAGGGCAGCAUGUCAGAAGUCCAGGAAUUCACCUGGAUUUGUGCAGGGAUUGAGGAUGGUCUGACACAGAGGAGUCUGAUGGCACCUUGUUACCUGUGGGACUGUCCUAAGUUUUCUUCUUCCCUUAGUUGUUUAAAAAUCCAUUUCAAAGUUAUCUGAAAAGUAUAAAACAAUGAAGCACCUGGGGAUUCUCAAGAAGAGCAGUUUCCAGGCUGGCCACACUGAGGUAGCAGCGAUAUCCUCACGGGAACAGCGCUGGAAAGGAGGGAGGACUCUUCUGACCUCUACAGUCCAAAUCCUCUAUAAAAUUGAAACAAUCUCUGAAUCGUA